AUGUCGUCCGCUCCAGGCAUGGCCCCUCCCGGGCUACAGCAGCAUGACCCGUCACAAGCUAACCGUCCAAGCGGGAUGCCUCGCAACUUCCAAGCGCCGACCAACAUGCCAAACAUCAACUUCAACGCGCCAGUCAUCCGACUCGGGACGGGGCCGGGCAAGCCGGGAACACCAGGUAUGGACAAUGAAAGACCACAAGGGCCAGGGCAGCGGCCAGGUCUUGGGAUGGACAGAGGUGGCCAUCAUCAAUCACAGGCCAAGGAGGUUACCCAGGUGAUUGUACCCCCGACGAGCGAAGAGCGGGUGCGGACCUUGUUCGUAUGGGGUGUACCCGAGUCCUUCAACACGAGCAACGGGAUUGAGAAGCUUCUAGGAUCGGUGGGCAAGCUUAGGCGUUGGGAUGCGUCGGCCAGCGUCCUCGAGGAGAGGAAGGGCACAGUGUUUGGCUUUGCGCUCUACGAUGACCCCGAAUCGUUGUCCACCGCCAUCAAGCUUCUGCACGACGAGACCGUUGAGAUCCCGGCCAAAAUCCAGCCCACUGCGACGGAACCCCCGACAGAAGAAGAGGAAGAGACGUUUGAGGGCAAGGAGAAGGUCAGACUGCAAGUGAGUGUCGACUCAAGCUCGCAGAGCUAUCUAGAGUCGUAUCAGGAGGAGAAGGGAGACGAAGAAGAGGCCACACAGCGAUACCGCCACGGCAAAGCUGCGCUGAGGCAGGUCGUCAAGGAGCUGUUCUACCCACCAGCCGGUCUUGGCGCAGACAGUAACGGCAAUGCCCCCAAGACCGAGUCGGGCGACAAUGUGGAGGUUGUCAACAUUACACUUGCGCAAGACGACGAGCUUUCCGACAUCCCGGCCGAGAUGCGCGAGGUUGUGGCAGGCGAGAUCGCUGCAUUCCGCGAGCGUAGCAUUCAGCGAGAUCUGGAGCGACUCCGCAAGGAAGAGGAAGCAGAGGAGAUGGAGCGUCAACGCAACAAUCCUGCGCGCGCCUCACGGCUGGAGUCUACUGCUAAUGGCGGGAGCACGAACAAUAUCCCGCUGGGUCCCCGAGGCGGUAUGCCUAAUGCGCCAUCGGGACCUCGAGGUCACGAUCCCAACCGGAUUGCUUUCGUGAACGGUGGAGUAUCAAACGCCGAGUAUUCAAUCAACCGCGAGGACGAGGACACGGAUGCCGACGACGACGAGCUCUACAGGCGACAAGAGGAGAAGAAGAGACUGGACGCGGACCGAGCGUUUGCUGAGGCAGAGAGGAAGUGGGUCGGGCGUGAGCGAGCGAGGCAAAACGCGUUGGACCGCGAGAACGACCGAGACAAGCAACAAUCCGAGACGUUUGAAGAACGCAAGAGGGAGCAGCUCGAUCGGGAGAGGAAGUGGGACGAUGAAGAGGAGAUGAACCGUAGGGAACACCCGUACUACCGCGACCAUGUCGGCUGGGUGCGCAAGCGUGAGAUGAACAGAGCCGAGGAGGAUCACCGAGACGACCUGGACCGACGAGCAGAGCAGGAUGAGCGCCGGCGCGAGCAGGCGAACAGGGACCGCGCGCGUGGCAUGGCCGACUCGUUCCUGGACCGUCAGGCAGAGGAGCUGGAGCAGCGUCCUUCCGAAUCUGUGUCGGCGCCUCAGCCCUUCAAGCUGUCACUCGGCGCUGCCGCGCAAAAAGCACAAGCCUCCAAGGCCGUCACGCAAAGGCGGACCAUUGCUGAAGUGGAAGGUUUACUGGACGACGAAGAGGCAGACACGGGCGUCAAGCGCCAGCUCAUCCCCAUCCAGUACGAUUCCACGUCAGCUGCGGCCAACAUGACGGACGAGGAGAUUGCGCUGGCUGUGCGUGCACUCGCGCAGGAGAUCCCGACGGACAAGGACGGCCUAUGGAACUGGCAGGUCAAGUGGGACUUUAUGGACGCGGGCGUGGUGCGCGACAAGCUGAGGCCCUUUGUCGAGAAGAAGAUUGUGGAGUAUCUGGGCGUGCAGGAAGAGAUGCUCGUGGAGACGGUGGAGGAGCACCUGCGCAACCACGGGACAGCGGCGGCUCUGGCGGAGGAGCUGGAAGGGGCACUGGACGACGAGGCAGAGGACCUGGUCAAGAAGUUAUGGCGCAUGGUCAUCUUCUUCACCGAGUGCGAGAAGCGUGGUCUACCUGCAUAA